AGGAAGGCACGGGAGGCCAAGCAGGAGUCGCCGCCGCGAGGAAGCGCCAGGAGGCGGCGGGGGCGACCCCGGGGGAAGGGCGGGCGGGGAUGCGCCGAUGUUUCCGUGACUUGGGACUGGUCGCCCCGAGGCGCAUUCUAACUGUCGGCUCCCCUGGCCCCAAGGGCCAGAGAGAGAAGGGGGCGGAUCCUCGCGUACCAGACACGCCCCGGUCGGGUAUAAAAUUCGCCAGGCGCUCGCUCCCCAGGCCAUAGCCGCUCCCUCGCUCUGCUGGGGCCUCCGGACGCGCUCCCCACGCGGGUCUCUGGAACACUCGGGCCGAACGCCCGCCCGCUUGCACUCACACUGCGGUUCACACCCGCAGGCGCUCUCGCACCCACACUGCCGCUCACGCGCGCUCACACUCCCCAACGCGCGCUCCGCUCCGGCUCCAGCCCCGCGCCCCGCGAAGGCGCAGGCACUGCUGCCGAAAGCGCCGAGGGGCCCCGCGGCCUUCCCAUGGCGGACCUGAGCUUCAUCGAAGAUACCGUCGCCUUCCCCGAGAAGGAAGAGGAUGAGGAGGAAGAAGAGGAGGGUGUGGAGUGGGGCUACGAGGAAGGUGUUGAGUGGGGUCUGGUGUUUCCUGAUGCUAAUGGGGAAUACCAGUCUCCUAUUAACCUAAACUCAAGAGAGGCUAGGUAUGACCCCUCGCUGUUGGAUGUCCGCCUCUCCCCAAAUUAUGUGGUGUGCCGAGACUGUGAAGUCACCAAUGAUGGACAUACCAUUCAGGUUAUCCUGAAGUCAAAAUCAGUUCUUUCGGGAGGACCAUUGCCUCAAGGGCAUGAAUUUGAACUGUACGAAGUGAGAUUUCACUGGGGAAGAGAAAACCAGCGUGGUUCUGAGCACACGGUUAAUUUCAAAGCUUUUCCCAUGGAGCUCCAUCUGAUCCACUGGAACUCCACUCUGUUUGGCAGCAUUGAUGAGGCUGUGGGGAAGCCGCACGGAAUCGCCAUCAUUGCUCUGUUUGUUCAGAUAGGAAAGGAACAUGUUGGCUUGAAGGCUGUGACUGAAAUCCUCCAAGAUAUUCAGUAUAAGGGGAAGUCCAAAACAAUACCUUGCUUUAAUCCUAACACUUUAUUACCAGACCCUCUGCUGCGGGAUUACUGGGUGUAUGAAGGCUCUCUCACCAUCCCACCUUGCAGUGAAGGUGUCACCUGGAUAUUAUUCCGAUACCCUUUAACUAUAUCCCAGCUACAGAUAGAAGAAUUUCGAAGGCUGAGGACACAUGUUAAGGGGGCAGAACUUGUGGAAGGCUGUGAUGGGAUUUUGGGAGACAACUUUCGGCCCACUCAGCCUCUUAGUGACAGAGUCAUUAGAGCUGCAUUUCAGUAGCCAAAGAGGACAGGAACAAGUCUGUCUUCAUGAGGGAGGAAGACAAUGGUCCUAUAAUGCCCUUGGAUAAGAAAAGGAAACUUUUGAGCUGCACCUUCAGUUUAUCCUCAAAGCCUGCGUUGUUUGUCUUCAUCUAAUCCAGCUUUGAUGGACAUCUGUGAUGGUUGCCUGUACACUUGCUGAAAUGAAAUAUUAGAAAUGGCUGUAUAUUCCAAAGAAACCCUAUAUUAUAUAUCCACAUUACUGCUGCUAGGAUUCAUAGUUGCACAUACUGUUUAUUGCUUAUGUAUAGAAGGAAUGAAACUAGUUUCCAGAGUUGUUAUUAAUAUGAAUAUAUAUCGUGUUAAUAUUGAGAAAGGAAAAAUACAUUCCCGGUGUUAGUAGUUCUUCAUUUCCUGUCUCCAACGGAAAAUUCACUCAUUUUAGAACUAGUGUAAUUCUUGAUAAUAAAAUAAGAGUUUUGAUUAAGAACAGCAUAGAGCUUCAAAAUGCAAAGUGAAUGAUUAGUAAAAUUAUGUCUCAUUUUAUUUUUUCAGCACCCGUACCACAAUUAAUAUUAGGCUGGAUUGCCAUGGGAAACAUUUUUUGGCGUUAAUGCAGCAACAUAAUACUCACUUUAGGUAUUACUACAUAGUUGAAGGAUUUAACUGAAUGUAUGGAUCAAAUUAUAUUUAUUUGACAUAUUCGAAGCUGUGGUUUAAUAGGAAUUUGAGAAAGGUGUAAGAAAUAGGAUAAAAAGAAGGUCAGCACCAUGUACCAGGAAUAGCUUUACUUUCCAUAAAUAGAAAUAUAAAUUUAGUGGUAUCCUAUAUUACUUUAGUGUCGUACGCUUUGUAAGACUUAAAUAUUUUAUUCUAUUGAUUCCACUUCUUUGGUAUGUUAAGACAUUUCUUUAAAGAUGACCAACAAUAUCCUUAUUUUAGGUGCCACUAGCAGAUGUAAGCGUAUACUUAGUUGCCGUUAGAUGUGACAGAAUGAGAUAAUUUAUGUAAAGCAGUAGAGUACCUGGCACAAAGCAAACAAUAAAUAUUAUUGUUAUUGUUGUUAUAAUUGUAAAAUGAAUGACUUCAAAAACAUAGUCCCAGUUUGGAGGGAUUUUGUGAUGCAGAAUAUCUAAGACAGGUGGAAUAAGUAUAUGUUCAGAGUUUUUAGAUGUGUUGAGUAGAGAUGGUAAUAAUGGAAGCAUUAAAUACAAAUGAAAAUCACACCAGAUAUCCCUGAAAUUCAAGCAAAGAAAGUUCAUCAUCUAUUCUUGGGCAGCAAGAGAAAGGACUAGGGUUAUGGCAAUGUGUGGAAAAGUUGGGGCUUGCUAAGGGUUGAGAUCUGUUGGUAGCCCUGGAUCACAUGGGGUCAGCACCAGGCAGUGCCUCUGAAAGUGGAGAGAGGUCCUGGACUUCCCUUGUGUAUAACAGUUCCUAGUGUCCAACAAUGAGGAAACGGUGAAGCAUGGUUACAAAACUGUGACAAAAAUAUUUACAUCUAGCACUGUUACCACUCACAUGCCAAACACUGGCUGCACACGUGUAGCCUUAUUUGUAAUUAACAUCAAAAGACUAGAUCUGAAGCCUUCCAUAAAUGAGAGGCCAUUCAUAUGGCAUUCCUGGAACAAAACACUGCACAGGUACCAGCCUCUCCACUCCUGACCGGGUUGGUGCUGAACAGUCAGGGAUUGUUCUUGAACUAGACUUCUGAUGCUUCUUGCAGUCUCCUUUCAUCUUUCCCUGAAAUACACAAAAUAAACAAAUACAAUAACAAAUAGUAAUUAAAUGACUUUCAGGAUAACAUCUAGUUGUUCAGACUUCACCCUUCACAGGUGUGUGUGUGUGUGUGUGUGUAUGUGUGUUUAUCUCUGUAUAUUGAAGCAAUUUGAAUUUAUUUACUGUAUAUUUUCUGAGUAAAAGACUGAAAUGAACUACUUGGUUCAGA